AUGGCGAACAACAAGGAGGCCCAAGAGCAUGGGCCGGACAAGAGCGGGAGCCCACCGCGGCGAAGCAAGGAAGUGAAGUCAACAGCCAAGUCGAUGCCAAAUGGCUCAAACGCAGGAGGCUUUCAUCCGAGGAGCACGGUAGUUUUGCCAUCGACCAGAAGAGCCUGGCAAGGGAAUUGUUCUUCGAUAUCUUCUUGUCCGAUCGCGGCUGCAGCUAUCGCGGAAAAGGAACUUGUGCGAAAUGCAUGGUGCCCGUUGACCCGUGUACACCCGCAAAUGCCGACAUCACUCAUGUGCGUGAGGUGCAUGGACGACAUGGGCGUAGAGAAGGACGAGGAUGGCGAGGCGACAGUCGACUACUGCGGGGAGCGAGUUUGCCUGCUUAUAGAGCCCGCAGGAGAAGUGGGAGAGGUGCCAGGACAAUGA